AUGAAGUUCUCCACCAAGUGCAACCAGACGUACCACCACAGGAUGUCUGGCGGGAGGCAGGAGGAAUUUUGGACAUGGCUGAGGGAGGAAUGGGGGCGCACGCUGGAGGACAUCUUCCAUGAGCACAUGCAGGAGCUCAUCCUGAUGAAGUUCAUCUACACCAGUCAGUACGACAACUGCCUGACCUACCGCCGCAUCUACCUGCCGCCAAGCCGCCCUGAUGACCUCAUCAAACCAGGCCUCUUCAAAGGCACCUAUGGCAGCCACGGCCUGGAGAUUGUGAUGCUCAGCUUCCACGGCCGGCGUGCCAGGGGCACCAAGAUCACGGGCGACCCCAACAUCCCCACCAGGCAGCAGACGGUAGAGAUUGACCUGAGACACCAGAUCCAACUGCCUGACCUCGAGAACCAGCGCAACUUCAACGAGCUGUCCCGCAUCGUCCUGGAGGUGCGAGAGCGGGUACACCAGGAGCAGCAGGAAGGCGGGUACGAGGCAGGCGAGGGGCAUGGCCGACAGGGCCUCCGGGAGUCCCAGCCAAGUCCUGCUCAGCCCAGGGCAGAGGCACCCAGCAGGGGCCCAGACGGGACACCUGCUGAGGACUGCGGUGAACCUGGGGAUGCCGCAGCUGCGGCCGAACAGCCUUCCCAGAGUGGGCAAAGGCAGCCAUUUGUGCUGCCUGUGGGCGUGAGCUCCAGGAAUGAAGACUACCCUCGAACCUGCAGGAUGUGUUUUUACGGCACAGGCCUCAUCGCGGGCCAUGGAUGCUUGGAUUCCACAGGCUCAAAUCCUGCUUGCUCAAGACAAAAGUUACAGAAGGAAGACUGCUUCCUUCUUAUGCUGAGACAGGAUGGGAUCCAGGGAUCCCAUCCCAUCAGCCUGAAGAGAAACUAUGAUAUUGUCUGGUUUGGGGUUGGUGUAGGGGCCCGGACCAUGACAGAAAAUAAACCAAGCCCUGGAUCAUGGCAGCAAAGUGAAAGAAAGGACAGGGAUGGUCUGCUAGGGCAUCUCUUUGGAAGGGCAUGA